UAGAGCACAGUUCGCAAUAUCUUAUAGAACCUUGCGUGUUAAUAACAAAAGACAGUUACGAAGCGUAACGACUCCAUAUUGUCCAUAGCGCCAUUAUAACUGUGACUGCUGUUCAUAAAUUUGCAAUGUAUUAAGAGUGUAAAGUGAAAUUAGCGGGCGUUACUCGAUACUGUGAAAUGCAGCAGUGAGGUGAUAAGUGCAAGGUCACGAUCAAACAUAACCAUACCCGCAGUAUCUUUAAUUUUACAACUUUCCAUUCAAAUUGAACGAUGAACGAAAAGCGACACUGGAGAAACGAGAGAGUUGUCGCGGACUAGAAAGCCAGCGGCGAUAAGGAAAGUUAUCAUGCCACGACGUCCCCUGCUCUACUCGACACCGAGCACACGCUUCAAGAUGCUUCUCUGUGGCUGACCGCUAGCGUAAGGAUGCCACCAAUAACGCUAUUCGGAGCGCUUGCCGGAAGCAGCAGUCUCAUCUGGGGAAUCGUUCCACUGUUCGCCAUUGGCUUGGCCUACUUCCGCUACAACACAGUCGAUCCCGAAUCCAGACCAAUAGACAUUCAUGAAACACUCGCUGAGUAUGAUUUCAUCGUUGUGGGUGGAGGCUCAGCAGGCGCUGUUGUUGCAAACCGCCUGUCAGAAAUUUCCAAAUGGUCCGUGUUACUGCUUGAAGCUGGUGGAGACGAAACUGAAAUCUCCGACAUACCGGCUCUUGCAGGAUAUCUUCAGCUCUCAGACUUGGAUUGGAAAAUGCAAACUUCGCCGCCGACUGGUUCUCAAUACUGCCUUGCAAUGCUGGGUGACAGGUGCAACUGGCCACGUGGGAAAGUUCUUGGGGGUUCUAGUGUCCUUAAUGCUAUGGUAUACGUCAGAGGAAAUCGGCACGAUUAUGAUCACUGGGCUGAACUAGGGAAUGAGGGAUGGAGCUACAAAGAAAUUCUUCCUUACUUUCUCAAAUCAGAAGACAACAGAAAUCCUUAUCUGGCCACGUCUCCGUAUCACUCCAAAGGCGGUUACCUCACCGUUCAAGAGUCUCCCUGGAGAACACCUCUUGCGCUUGCGUUCCUGCAGGCCGGUACUGAACUGGGAUACGAAAACAGAGAUUGUAACGGCGAGUUUCAAACAGGUUUCAUGAUAACUCAGGGAACUAUUAGAAGAGGUUCAAGAUGCAGCACGGCGAAAGCCUUCCUGAGGCCAGUACGUUUACGAAGAAACCUUCAUAUAGCCAUGCAUGCUCAUGUCAUGAAGAUACUGAUAGAUUCUUCGGGCACAAACGGUCGCUCGAGAGCGAAGGCAGUAGAAUUCAUGAGGAAUAGCAAUUCGCAUAUAGUGAGGGCUCGACGUGAAGUGAUACUGUCUGCAGGUGCCAUAGCAUCGCCACAGUUGCUGAUGCUUUCCGGUAUCGGUCCCAAAGAACAUCUCCAACAAUUCAAUAUACCUGUAAUCCAGGAUCUGAAAGUUGGGAAUAACUUACAAGAUCACGUGGGUUUAGGCGGUUUAACUUUCGUUGUGGAUGCACCCGUCACUUUCAAGAAAGCUCGUUACCAGACAAUACCAGUGGCAUUAGAAUAUAUUAUAAACGAGCGUGGUCCACUAACUAACCUGGGUGUGGAAGGAGUUGCUUUUGUCAACACAAAAUACGCCAACACCUCCAUAGACUGGCCAGAUAUCCAGUUUCAUUUUGCCCCAAGUUCCAUAAACUCCGACGGUGGAGAACAAAUACGAAGAGCCCUUGGACUGCGUGACAGGGUGUACAACACAGUGUACAAACCCCUCGUUAAGGCAGAAACUUGGACGAUUUUACCCCUGCUCCUGCGACCUCGAAGUAGAGGGUGGGUUCGUCUGAGAAGUGCGAAUUACUUGCACCAACCCGAGUUAAUACCAAACUACUUUGCUUAUCCUGAGGACGUUGCAGUGUUGAUAGAAGGUAUUAGAACAGCUAUUAACGUAUCUUCAACACUUGCGUUUCAGAGGUUCGGUUCGAGACUUCAUACGAUCCCAAUGCCUGGAUGUGGAGCACACACUUUUAAUUCUGACGGGUACUGGGAAUGUGCGUUGCGUCACUUCACGUUUACUAUUUACCAUCCGUCUGGGACCUGUAAGAUGGGCCCGGAUACAGACCCUGAUGCUGUGUUAGAUCCAAGACUUAGAGUACGCGGAGUGGAGGGACUCAGGGUAAUAGAUGCAUCCAUAAUGCCUACGAUUAUCAGUGGGAAUCCCAAUGCUCCCGUAAUAAUGAUAGGCGAGAAAGGAGCUGAUAUGAUCAAACAAGACUGGAACGUAGUCUGAAUGAUGAAUGCCGUCUUCUGGAAUGUGGCGCCGUGUAGAUGUUGUGUAAGCCGACGUUUCGGAAGAGCGUAUCGCCUCCAUCUUCAGGGUAUAAAAAUCCGGGAACGAGGAACCAGCGUGAGCAGGUGGCUGGUAUAAAAAAUUAGCGAGCGACGAACCAGCUCG